CCCCAGGGCAACUCCAACCAUUGCGGUCUGCCAGUCAUAUAAUGCAUGGCAAUGGGAACUCCAUCUAUAAGAGUCAAAAAAACAUGCACAGACAAAUCCAAAUUGAUGUCCUAAGACAUGAAACGAUAACCGAACAGUAUUUAUAUCAUUUUUUUUACCUCUAAUACACCACUAAUGCACUCUGAUGCCGGAAGUGAUCGCUUGCACUCAUUGACAUAUACACGCGAGAGAUCACUUCCGUCAUCAGAGUGCAUUCAGACCUCACCAACCGGAUGCUGAAGGCAGCACAUAGUGGUGUAUUAGAGGUAAAAAAUUAUAUAAAUACUGUUCAGUUUCUCGCACAAACCGAUCGUUUCGUGUCUUAGGACAUCAAUGUGUCAUCACGAGCCGCAGGGUUUAAUUUGGAUUUGUCUGUGCAUGUUUUUUUUUUACUCUUAUAGAUGGAGUUCCCAUUGACAAUGCAUUAUACGACUGACAGACCGCAAUGGUUGGAGUUAAAAUUCAUCAUUUGUGUUCUACUGAAGAAACAAAGUCACCUACAUCUUGGAUGCCUUGGGGCGCUAUCUGAAAUCAGAUGUUGUUUGGCUGCUUCACUGAAGCGAUGGAUGUUAAUCUUUCGGUAUUCUGAGUCACUGAGCCUCGAUAACCGGACUCUUUUAUGCAUGUGAUUCACUAUGCCGCCUCGCAAGAAGGAGUACGGGAUUAAACGAGCGAGCGGAUCCCUGGUCCACUUCAGACCGCCCGUGAGUGCGACCACCGCGCGCCGACACUCCGCCGUCGUUCCUUCGGUGCUGACGUUCGCCGUGAUCGUGGCAUCCGGAGGCCUGUUGCUAAUGAUAGAGAAGGGAAUGCUGAACAGCGUGCAGACUCCGCCGCCACGAGCCAACGGGAAGAAAGUGGAGUACCGAAUGAGGAAUAGCGACGCAGCUGUGGACGUGGAGUCUCAGAUUGUACAGGAGAUCCGUAAUCGCACCAUAAGAUCGAUGUGUGGUCAGAAGAACAGUCCUCACAGCGUGUGGUCUCUCAGUCCACUGCAGAGGAAGACUCUCCUCCAGCACAUACUGGUGAAUGAUGAGCAUCGCUUCCUGUACUGCUACGUCCCCAAAGUGGCCUGUUCCAACUGGAAACGAGUGUUGAAAGUAAUGAGUGGUGCUCUAGCCAACGUGGACGUCAAAGUGAAGAUGGACCAUCGUGCUGAUUUGCACUUCCUGUCUGACUUUUCGCCAGAAGAGAUUCGUCAUCGACUACGGCAUUAUUUUAAAUUCAUGUUUGUGCGGGAACCGAUGGCCCGCUUGCUUUCUGCCUAUCGGAACAAGUUUGGCGAAAUUGAGGCAUAUCAGCGUAAAUAUGGUGCAGAGAUUAUACGGCGCUAUAGAAAAGGCUACGCGAAGGAUAAAAAAAUAGCAGGAAAUGACGUGACGUUCACAGAGUUUGUGCGUUAUUUACUUGACGAAGACCCAGAGCGGAUGAAUGAACACUGGAUGCCCAUCUAUAACCUGUGCCAACCCUGUGCCAUAGAAUAUGACUUUAUUGGCUCAUAUGAAAGCCUGGAGAGCGAUGCGGCUUAUGUUCUGGAACGUGUCGGAGCACCGCAACACAUACGUUUUCCUGAGCGACAGACAUGGUACAAACCCGUUACCAAGGAAACACUACAUUAUUACCUUUGUACUGUGCCACAGAAGUUUCUCAAAGAGCUUCUGCCCAAGUAUAUUUUGGACUUUUCUCUGUUUGGCUAUCCUUUACCAAACACAACCACUGAAUAUUGUAGGCAUUAACAAAGACAUUGGGUUUACCUGGUUUGUAAAACUGUCUAUAAUCUUUCGUUAUGUUAAUAUUUGAAUACUUUUUUACAGUAUUACCUGUACAGAAUUGAAAAUAUAUUUGAAUAAAACCCUCAGUACAGAGUUUUUGAGAGCUAUUUAAGUUCAAACCACUAUUUAAAACUGUAAAAGCUCAAUCAGCUAUUUUUAUAAAUGAGAUGCAGUAAUAUGUUCAUAUGAACGGGCAUAAAAUGAAAAACAUUGUGCUGUGCGCAAGACUAUCAUGAGUUUUAUAUCAGUAAGCAGAGGCUUCCGCCAUUCUCAUUUGUCAAUACAAUAUUAAAAUUUUCAUUGUUUUCCUUUCUAAAUUUUGCUUUAAUUACAUAGAUAAUCAUUGUUAAUUCUGCUGUUACAUGUAUUGUAAGACGUUUUCUUUGUUGAUGUGCUUAAUCCUUUUACAAAAAUGAAAUGUGAUGCUCAAAUCGAGAAAAUCAUUUACAAAAUAACUUUUGACACCAUUCCUGUUUGUAUGUAAUGAAUUGUGUUGCGAGUGAAGUGUUUUUAUACGUCCAACAAAUAUUUCUGACCACAAACUUGAACGCUUCUCAUCUGACACUUCCUCUGAAAAGAUGUGGUUCUGAGUUGAAUCCCUUAAGAGAUUAUAAAGAAUGCAGUUUCACAUCCAAAAGCAGAAGUACUGUGCAAUGAGGAAAUAAAAAAUCUUUGAAACCUA